CCUAUAUUAGUUAUCUAACCGUUAGCUUGACUCCGUCCUGAAUGGCUUGAACGAAAAACUUCAAUUGAUGGACAAACUCAAUGGGAAGGUGAAAGCCAAGCAUGCCGCUCCGGUGAAAAGUCCACAAAGUUUUUGGGGGGAGCCUUCCCGAGUCUACCGGACGCUUUGUUAAACAUUUUUCCACCAAAAACGAUUUAUCGAGCAGAAGAUGAUGUCGGACGCCAGCGAGAUGUUGGCAGCAGCCUUGGAGCAAAUGGAUGGAAUCAUCGCAGGCUCCAAGGCCAUUGACUACUCUAAUGGGCUGUUUGACUGCCAGUCGCCCACGUCGCCUGUUCUCGGUGGCUUUCGGGUUCUGCACCUCCUGGAGGACUUGCGAGCGGCGCUGGAGCUGAUGGACAAUGAGGAGAGGGACAACCUGCGCUGUCAGAUCCCUGAUUCCACUGCAGAGGGACUGGCGGAGUGGCUGCACGGGCGAACGACGAACGUCCACGGCUCAGAGGCGGUUUACCAAGAGCGUCUCUCCCGACUGGAGAGUGACAAAGAGUGUCUCAUUCUUCAGGUGAGCGUGCUAACGGACCAGGUGGAGGUGCAAGGUGAGAAGAUUCGUGAUUUAGAUAAAAGUCUGGAGCAUCAUCGGGAGAAGCUGAAUGCUGCCGAGGAGCUGCUGCAGCAGGAGCUGUUAAACCGGACCGCUCUGGAGACCCAGAAGCUGGAGCUGAUGACCGAGGUGUCCAGCCUGAAGCUGAAGCUUACUGCUCUGGAGCACAAUCACAGGGGCAACGAGGGUUUGUAUCAGGAAGUGACAGACCUGCGGUUCAGGAUGACCGACAUCGAGAAUGAAAGACUUCUGUGUGAGAAGAAACUCAAAGUCACUAAACGUCCAAAGUGGAUCUUGGAACGCUCGACUGGAGAUGAGGAGGAGCUGCAGAUUCUGCAGAGGCAGCUGGAGGAGCGAGAGGAGGAGCUGAGCAGGCUGAAGGAUGAGUGCAAGCUGAUGGUGGAGCUCCAUGACCAAUGUGGGGGGGAGGAGAGAGACACUGAAGUGGUGCAGAUGAAGAGUGUGUUGGAGGUACUGACGUCAGAGAACGAUGAGAAGGAGCGACGGAUUAAAGAGCUGGAGGAGUCGCUCACAAAGUGCAGGAGAGUGCAGGAGUUGGUCAGAGAGAAGCUAAAAGAAGACGACUAUGCCGAUAUCCUGGACGAUCCCUCGGUUUCUACGUCCAUAGAGGUGGAGGCAGGAAGGAGCUCCAGUGAGUCUACUCCAUGUAUAGCUGUGCUCUCCGAAAUGAGGGAACUGGACACAGAACGGCAGCUCCAGGCAGCCCAGAGCUCCUUGGAUCAGUCACCACCUAACAGCUCAGCUGCAACCAGCAGCACAAACCUGACUAGAACCAAAGCCAGGGUUGGCUCCUCUUCUCCCGCCAAAGGAAACACGAGCGAUGGGGGUUUUGGUACCAAGAAGGCUCGCUCUUCUUUUGGCCGCGGCUUCUUGAAGCUGCGUGGAGGCAAGCAGGCGUCCAGCUCCCCGAACCUUGCUGAGAUGGAACAAAAAGGUACAGAACACCUAGAUCUGGCUGGCGUUCCCUCAAAGAAAUCCCGUGAUGCGGCUCUUCCUGCAUCAUCCCCAGAGGCCAAGAAGAAGCCGAAAGGGUUGAUGAAGUUUUUCGGCAGGCUGAAGAGGAGUCACUCCACCUCCUUCAACCUGGACGACUCCGACACGGCGUUUAGAAGGGGCGGAGUCCGAGCCACCGCUGGCCCGCGACUCGGCUGGUCGAGUGACUCUAAACACAAGGCCGUGGACGUUCCUUUCGCCCGGUGGGAUAAAGACGAGGUUUCCACCUGGCUCCAUGAGCAGGGCCUGGGUGUGUACGCAGCUCCGGGUCAGAACUGGAUCAAAUCAGGACAAACGCUGCUGCAGGCGUCACAACACGACCUGGAGAAGGAGUUGGGCAUGAAGCAGCCUCUCCACAGGAAGAAGCUGCAGCUCGCCCUCCAGGCUCUCGGGACCGAGGACGACGACCUUCAGGGCAAACUGGACCAUAACUGGGUGACCAGGUGGCUGGACGACAUCGGUCUCCCGCAGUAUAAAAGUAACUUUGACGAAGCUCGAGUGGACGGACGCAUGCUGCACUACAUGACUGUGGAAGACCUGCUGUCUCUGAAGGUUGGGAGUGUCCUUCAUCACCUGAGCAUCAAAAGAGCCAUUCAGGUCCUGCGCUUAAACUCAUUUGAACCCAACUGUGUGAGGCGACGGCCAUCUGAUGAGAACAACCUGACUCCAGCUGAGAUCUCCCAGUGGACCAACCACAGAGUGAUGGAGUGGCUGCGCUCCGUUGAUCUGGCUGAAUACGCUCCUAACCUAAGAGGAAGUGGCGUUCACGGCGGGCUGAUGGUGUUGGAGCCUCGUUUUAACGUGGAAGCUCUCGCCCUGCUGCUCAACAUCCCUCCCAGUAAAACCCUGCUCAGACGCCACCUGGCUACACACUUCCACCUGCUGGUGGGUUCUGAGGCGCAGCGGCAAAAGCAGGAAGGUCUGGAGAACCCGGACUACUCCGUCCUCACAGCCACCGCCAGAGUCAAGCCCAGACGUUCAUCGUUUGGUGGUUUUGGCUCGUUGAGGAGGAGACGCGAUGAUUGUGAGGACUACGUUUGUCCUUUGAACAUAGAAAUGCCAAAGAACAGCAGCUUCCACAGGAACGUUGGGAUCUACGAGGAUAAUCUGGACCCGCUGGAGCAGAUGGAGGACUCGGAAGGAGCGGUCAGACAGAUCGGAGCGUUUUCUGAGGGGAUCAACAACCUGACGAGCAUGCUAAAGGAGGAAGAGCUUUUCCGGGAGAUCUCCGUUUUCCCUUUGGAGGACAUCAAAACUGAAGCACAAGUCUGAGCUUCAGCCUCUUCCUUCACGUAUUUAACGAUAUUAUUGCAUGAGCUGAAAAUGUAUCUUUACUGCAGUUAAUAGUGAGAACUUGUCACCUUAAUGACGUUUCACCCGUAUGAUGUUAAAAUCAUCCAGUCAGGGUGUUCGGUUAGAGGGGGUCUGCUCGGCAGCUGCUAGCUUGACUCAAUCAGAAUUAGUUAUUUUUACUCCUCAUCCAUGUUAGCGUAGUGUCGUACUCAAAGUUCUACCUGGACAGAAGAACUAACUGCUAAUUUUGGGGAGGGGGGGGGGGGGGGCUGUUUUAGCUCAUCUGUCAUCUGCUGAGAGACGAUAACUUCAUAUUACGGUGUGUUUCAGCUGCUCAACUCUAAACCAAAGACACGUUUGUACAAGCUGUAUUUGUUUCAUGCAUGCUAAUUAUUGUUUUACUUCUGUUUUUGGUAAUAAAAGUAAAUAAGUCUGACAAAUCUGA